GGUGUUCCACAACUUUCAAUCAUCUGUACCUCAUGGACUGACAUCGUUGAAACGACUGCGAGACUACCGUGGCGAUUUCGAGCCAUAGAAGGACACGAGAAGAAGAAAGAGGGACAGAAUGGCAGCUUUAGUGGAUGUAUAGCUAUAGAUGAUAAAUAGAGCGUUGAAAUGUAGUUGAGGAGGCCAAUGGAGAGGCGUUUGGGCAGAAAUUGCGCAGCUUGGAGCGGAGCCUGCCGCAUGGCUGGAGUUGUCCUUUUAUUCCUCCUGGAUUUGCCCAUUCUCUCCAUUGAAACGUGGUACAUAUCCUCUCUUGUCGUCAGUGGACCGCCAAUGACGGCAUCUGUUAGGCUUGGUGGCCACUCGGGGGAGCCGUUCCUUGCAUCGAGUAGAGGAUUUCUCACGUACAGGGAACCAAUUGCUACAGCGUUCCUACUUAAUGCAGGGAAUACCAAUCCACCUCAUCUCCACACCCUCAAAGCCAUAAUAGAUCGGCCAGCAAUUGACCGUUUGAUGAAUAAAAAGGACUCUAGGGACCGUUCGGGGUGCUACGCCAUCGUCCACAUUUCCGGCAAUCCGCGUUGGAUGGAAAAGGGGCGCUACUACGACGUUUACAGGAUCCAUCAAAGAGUAGGAAGACGCGUGCAUCUUCUCAGACUACAGUUUUAUCAAUCGCCAACUGGGUGGUACAUAAAUGGUGAACCGUACAUUCACAAUAUUCGAGCGGUCGCCAGAAUUAUAAAGCACUUUAGAAGCCCAAAGAUGACUACUGUAAAGUUUAGGUCAAAGAAGCAUUACAAGAGGACCAUUGGACACCGCCAGGAAAUGACCAGAAUCCUUAUUGAGGAUUUUGAGGUCUUUAAUGGUCCAGAGGACGGUGCGGACGAUUCCAAGAAUGAGAAGAUGGAGAAUGUUUCGGGACCAUCAAGACAUUUCUCGGCACUAAACAUGGAUCCAAUAAACUUUGCGCUAAUGAAGAUGCAGUAUAUCAAAACGCCAAGUUUGGAACUACCAAAGAUGAAGAGAUGUACAAUAUACAAAAUGACAGAGGAACAAAAGGCUCUGCUAGGUUCAAAUCCGCUCGAGCACUUUGACCCAGUGUACAAUCAACUGGCUAUUCGGGAGCAGAUUUUAUCGCAUUUUUAAGGUGGUUGUAUGUUCAUAGAGGUCUUAAAUAAGCUUGAGGAAUUUAAGAAGUGCAGGAUUGUAAUAUGCACAUAUUAGCCAGACCAUUCCUCUGUAGAGACUUUAUGGACAUACCAGUUGCUAGUACAAUAU